GCGAGCGCGGCUGCGGCGUCCCGCGGCCUCCCCGCGAGUCGGGCGGGAGGGGAGAGCGGGCGUGGAUUGGUGUGGACGAACUAAGAUUCCAGAUGGCAAAUUCUAUGAAUGGCAGAAACCCUGGUGGUCGAGGAGGAAACCCCCGAAAAGGAAGAAUUUUAGGCAUUAUUGAUGCUAUUCAAGAUGCAGUGGGACCCCCUAAGCAAGCAGCAGCGGAUCGCAGAACUGUGGAGAAAACUUGGAAACUCAUGGACAAAGUGGUCAGACUGUGCCAAAAUCCCAAGCUUCAGUUGAAAAACAGCCCACCAUAUAUACUUGACAUUUUACCUGAUACCUAUCAGCAUUUGCGACUUAUAUUGAGUAAAUAUGAUGACAACCAGAAACUUGCCCAGCUCAGUGAGAAUGAGUAUUUUAAAAUCUACAUUGAUAGUCUAAUGAAAAAGUCAAAGCGGGCCAUACGACUCUUCAAAGAGGGCAAGGAGAGGAUGUAUGAGGAGCAGUCGCAGGACAGGCGAAAUCUGACAAAACUGUCCCUUAUCUUCAGUCACAUGCUGGCAGAAAUUAAAGCAAUCUUUCCCAAUGGGCAAUUCCAGGGAGAUAAUUUUCGUAUCACGAAAGCGGAUGCUGCUGAAUUCUGGAGAAAGUUUUUUGGAGACAAAACUAUUGUGCCAUGGAAAGUAUUCAGACAGUGCCUUCAUGAGGUCCAUCAAAUUAGCUCUGGCCUGGAAGCAAUGGCUCUAAAAUCAACAAUUGAUUUAACAUGUAAUGAUUAUAUUUCGGUUUUUGAAUUUGAUAUUUUUACCAGGCUAUUUCAGCCUUGGGGCUCUAUUCUGCGGAAUUGGAAUUUCUUGGCUGUAACACAUCCUGGUUACAUGGCGUUUCUCACCUAUGAUGAAGUGAAGGCACGCCUGCAGAAGUACAGCACCAAACCUGGAAGCUACAUUUUCCGGUUAAGCUGCACUAGAUUGGGACAGUGGGCCAUCGGCUAUGUGACAGGGGAUGGCAAUAUCUUACAGACCAUACCUCAUAACAAGCCCUUAUUUCAAGCCCUGAUUGAUGGCAGCAGGGAAGGAUUCUACCUUUAUCCCGAUGGAAGGAGUUAUAAUCCUGAUUUAACUGGAUUAUGUGAACCUACACCCCAUGAUCAUAUAAAAGUUACACAGGAACAAUAUGAAUUAUAUUGUGAAAUGGGCUCCACUUUCCAGCUCUGUAAAAUCUGUGCUGAGAAUGAUAAAGAUGUCAAGAUUGAGCCUUGUGGGCAUUUGAUGUGCACCUCUUGCCUUACAGCGUGGCAGGAGUCAGAUGGCCAGGGCUGCCCCUUCUGUCGCUGUGAAAUAAAAGGAACAGAGCCCAUAAUUGUGGACCCCUUUGAUCCAAGAGAUGAAGGCUCCAGGUGCUGCAGCAUCAUCGACCCCUUCGGAAUGCCGAUGCUGGACUUGGACGACGACGACGACCGAGAGGAGUCCCUGAUGAUGACUCGGCUGGCCAAUGUUCGGAAGUGCACUGAGAGACAGAAUUCACCAGUCACCUCCCCAGGGUCGUCGCCCAUUGCACAGCGAAGAAAGCCACAGCAGGACCCUCUGCAGAUCCCACACCUCAGCCUGCCGCCGGUGCCUCCCCGCCUGGACCUGAUUCACAAAGGCAUGGUUCGGUCUCCGUGCGGCAGCCCAACCGGUUCACCAAAGGCCUCCCCCUGCCUGGCGAGGAAGACAGAACACCUAUGCAACCAGGUAGUGGCAGCUAAAAUAAUUUUCAGUUUAAUGAAAUGGGUACAGUGGGAACAUGGAAUUCAGAAUGAAAUGAUGUUAAAUGUUUUCAUUCCACCAUCACCAGGCCCUCCAGAAGUUAAGUUCUGCACUAACCGUUCGCUUUCCUUUCAGGUCUUUUCCAACGGCCACCUGGGAAGUGAAGAGUAUGAUGUCCCCCCUCGGCUCUCCCCCCCUCCGCCAGCUGCCGCCCUCCUCCCUAGCAUCAAGUGUACUGGUCCAUUAGCAAAUUCUCUUUCAGAGAAAACAAGAGAGCCGGCAGAGGAAGAUGACGAUGAAUAUAAGAUUCCUUCAUCCCAUCCUGUUUCCCCGAGUUCACAACCAUCUCCUUGUCAUAAUGUAAAACCUCUUAGGUCUUAUGAUAACGGUCAUUGUAUAUUGAAUGGAACACAUGGUACAACUUCAGAGAUGAAGAAAUUACACAUCCCUGAGUUAGGCUUAUAUGUAAAGGGAGAUGUUUUUGAUUCAGCCUCUGAUCCAGUGCCAUUGCCACCUGCCAGGCCUCCAACCCGGGACAAUCCAAAGCAUGGCUCUUCACUCAACAGGACGCCCUCUGAUUAUGAUCUUCUCAUCCCUCCAUUAGGUGAAGGUGCUUUUGAUGCCCUCCCCCCAUCCCUCCCACCUCCCCCACCUCCUGCAAGACAUAGUCUCAUCGAACAUUCAAAACCUCCUGGCUCCGGUAGCCGGCCAUCCUCAGGACAAGACCUUUUCCUUCUUCCUUCAGAUCCCUUUUUUGACCCUGCAAGCGGCCAAGUUCCUCUGCCUCCUGCAAGGAGGUUGCCAGGUGAGACCGUCAAAGCCAACAGAACCUCACAGGAUUACGAUCAGCUUCCUCCGUCUUCAGAUGGUUCACAAGCACCAGCCAGACCUCCUAAACCGCGGCCCCGCAGGACUGCCCCAGAAAUUCACCACAGAAAGCCCCACGGGCCCGAGGCAGCGGAAAACGUCGAUGGGAAAAUCGCGAAACUCAUGGGAGAGGGUUAUGCGUUUGAAGAGGUGAAGAGAGCCUUAGAGAUCGCCCAGAAUAACGUCGAAGUGGCCCGGAGCAUCCUCCGAGAAUUUGCCUUCCCCCCUCCAGUGUCCCCGCGUCUAAAUCUAUAGCGGCCAGGACUGCCACCCACGUGAGGAGCAGCUGGCGCAUAUUCCAGGAGGACGGGAGACGAGCGUGGAACUGAAGGGAGAGGCUGCCCCCGACGUGGCGCCCGGAGGGCUCGGGGCCGCGUCUCAGAGGACGGCUGCUUGCCCAGGGUGGCAGCGGCUGUGCCUUCCUUAUUUUUGCUAGCCAUACUUUUAAAUCAGGGUUGAACUGACAAAAGUAAUUUAAAGACGUUUACUUCCCUUGAACUUUGAAUCUGUGAAAUGCUUUUCCUUGUUUACAAGUUGGCGAAGUUGCAGUUCGUUUUUAGGUUUUUUGUUUGGUUGGUUUUUUUAUACUUGUACUGUGUUCUUGACGGACCCUUUGUAGAGCGGUCAGGUCUGCUGUAACAUUUUCCACCGACUCCGUUGCUGUCCACACCAAACAGCUAAGUCACAUACUCAUUUCGAUCUCUCCCCUCACAGCCCCACCAAUUGCAUCUCUCCCAUUUACAAGCUGUUUUAAAAGGUUCUGAUUUUCAAUGUAUCAAACUAAUGCAAAAAAAAAAAAAAAGUGUGGCCUUCACUACUGAGUCUUUUUUUGGAAACCAUCGUUGAGGAGAGAUGGGGAAAAUCUGAAUGUAUAAAGCAUUUUUUUUUUGUCAGUGAACUGCAUUUGAUAAGGUGUUUUCAUAUAACAUAGAAGAGCUUCCCUUUUUAGUGUAAGUUUUGGGAUCUUUAAUCUCCUGUAUUCUCACCUUUGUCAUCCCAGGGGUGUCAUGACUGUAAAAGCCUAAAAUAUUAGAAAGCAACUACUGCAGAUGUGGGGAAAAUACACUUGCACGUGACAGUGCCGUACUGAAGUUAUAUAACAAGGCCCCCUGAUACGUAUGCCUGCAUUUCCGUGAGGCAUGCUGAAUAAGGGGCUGUCUCCCUGAAAUACAUUAACAAUUUUCAGAUAGAAUUACUGCCAUACCUCUCCCAAGUGGAGUUCAUUUCCUGUUUGAGUGAUUACACUCUGGUACAUAACAGGUUUAGGAGCCAGUUCAUUUUGCAGUGGAAACAUUAAAUCUUUGAUGCACUGCUAAGUGCUAAUGCUACUGUGGCAAUGUUUGUGUUUUCUGGGUUUGUUGUGUUUUUUUGCAUAAUUUUCUCUUUGGAAUCAAAUUACAGUUCAUAUUAAAUUUGUAGAUUCAUUCAUUGCUUCACAUAGCUCCAUCCAGUCAGGUGAAAGAAAUUUGCCUAGUUUUACCUUUUUUGCAAAAUGGAGGUUGGUUCUUCAGAAACCGUGUUGAUACCUUUAAUAACUCUACAAAUAUUUAUUGUGCAUCUGUGAUGUGCUCGGCACUGUUUUUAAAGCACAAACUGUUGCAAGCCGGUUUCGGUAAUAAUGUCUAGUUCUUUGUGCUUUUGAUGGUGAAAGUCUCUCUGAUGGACAAGGUCUGGAAGGCUUCCAGCAAAGCGUCAGAUUUUCAGGCAGUCUGUUUGACUCUUUCCUAACGAGUAGUGGAGAAAUGAGACGAAACCAGGGCUGUGUAAAGCCCACAGAAGGUGUUCUAAAUACAGACUGACUGCAGGACUGGGCCUGCUUCUCCCACUCAGUUGACACACACGCAGUGCGAUGUAAAAAGAUGCUUCUGGUGCUGAGCCGCUCCUGAGGGUGAGGAAGGACACGGCCAGCAGCUGGCAGGUCCCACGGGGAGGCAGGCUGCUGGGGACCUGGAGCGGCCAGGCUCGCUGCGAGGGGAACGGCCCGUACUCCACAGUUUCGCGUCGUGCUGUGAGGUGUUGGAGGAGUCACGGGCCUUGGAGAGUUUGUGCUUGUGUUUUAAUAUCUUCAGGUGAUUCUGAGCCGAUGAAUGUCCCUGGAAGGGGAUUUUGAAUUUGCCUUAGAUGUUCUUCCUGUGUUAGGUAUAUGACUGCAGUUUUCUUACACCUUUAAAAAUUAUACUGGCUAAUUCUGCAUUGCUUUAUGAACUCCAUGUUAUGUCACCAUGGCUUUGCAGUUGUUUUAUCAGGUUUCGGAUGUCACAUUGGAAUAGCACUGUAAUAUUUUGGCUUUUUUAUGACUUGCUGAUCAUAGGUACAGUCUAAAAUCUAAGUCACCACUUCGCUGUGAUAAUAUUGUUAUGAUUAGGGAAAGAUGCAAAAUGCAAACGUCAGAAAACUACAUUCUCAAUUUCUUAAUAAUGUGCAAAAAUUUCUAGUGAGAACUAGAAAAGAGACUUAUGGCGAUAUAGUAAAUUAGACCAGAAAACUUUUUUUAAAUCUAUUUUGCAAAGAAAACUUACUAGCCUCCACCAAAAUCUCCACAUCUUGGAUUCAAUAGCAACCACUGGUUUUAUCAUUUAAAAAAAUGGACCACAAACCUGUACGGAAUGGAAUGGAAGGAGGAAACUUUUUACCAAACACUGUCAUGAAAAGCCCACUGCGACCUAUGAGUUAUCACACUCCAAGAAAAAUUUUUGAGGAAAUAAUUAAACCCAAAUAUUUUUAGUUAUAAAAAUGACUGUCCAUUAAUGGUUGGUAAUGAUCCUGACUUGGUUUCACUGUGAUACAAGAAGUUUAGACAUUCCUCCCAUUUCUCAAGACUUGGUAGUAUAAUUUUUCAGCCAGUAUGCUAUAUUAUCCCUAAAAAUUCAAGUAAAUCAUGGACAGCAUUAACCUGCUCUCCCCCAACCCCCAACAUGUCCUAGGGUACAAGUAUCUAUCCUCAAUGAUAGUGAAGUAAAUUAAUUUCCAUCAACUUUUCCCCCCUCGAUGUCUGUAAUAUCCUGGCCAAAUGUUCUGGAAUUGGAUCAGAGCAGUGCUUAUGGUUCACCUGAACUUCCUUCCAAAUGAUGACCUUGCCCACACUGCAAAUAGUCUUAGUAAUAAACCCCAAAUUGCAACUUCAAAGGGCCCAUUUGUUAACAUUUCACACACAAGAACACUUGCAAAGAUUUCUUCAUAAUGUGAAUUUUUUUUCUUUUUUUUGUUUCAGAAAUAUUUCCUACAGUUUGGACAUUAUGUUUCCUCUCGGAUUUUCAACUUAAAGCUUUAAUUUGCACUGAAUUAUCCAACCUGGUUAAAAUUUUAAUUAUUUCUCUUAAGCUAACAGAUUUGGAAGCAAAUUACCGUAUGUUUUCAACAAUACAGGUACUGCCUGUUAACCUGGAAUUUUAGGGCUUCUAGGAAAAGUUUCCAGAAAAAGCAAUAGAGUGAAGGGUUUUCUUCCCAGUUACUAUUUUAUUUUUUAAAUGCCUUUUUAAAAUUUGUCUAAUGUGGCAAAAUAGCUGUGUGUUCAAUUAAUUUAUACUGUAUUCACCCUUUUCCAAUUCCGGUUACUAUGUAAACUCAAGUACUUUACCUGUUCUUUUAAGGUAUUUUAUAAAGUGAAUGUUAACUAAA